CACACAACAGAGCGAGCAGCCACAGAAGAGAGCUGAUGGAUUUCAGAGACAAAGAGAGGAAUGGAGGACCAGACCUCCGACCAGAACCCGGAGCAGCGGAGCAACAAGGUCCCCAGAAGACAAGCAGCAGGCUCGGACUCUGAUACCACCGAUGUUCAGAAACUGAGAGGAAGAGAGGGACCUGUACGUCACCACUGUCAGCACUGUGACAAAUCCUACACAACAUCAAAUUAUUUAAAGGUUCAUCAGAGAGUUCACGCCGGAGGGAAACCGUACAGCUGUGACCAAUGUGGGGCAACGUACAUACAACAGAGUAACCUCAAAAAACACCGACGCAUUCACACUGGAGAGAAGCCGUACAGCUGUGACCAAUGUGGGGCAACUUACGCACAGUGGAGUAACCUCAAAAACCACCAACGCAUUCACAUUGGAGAGAAACCGUACAGCUGUGACCAAUGUGGGGCAGCGUUUGCCUCUCAAAGAAGGCUAGUAACACACCGACACAUUCACACUAGAGAGAAGCUUUACUGGUGUGAACAAUGUGGGAAAACCUUUUCUACGAGUGACCACCUACAACUCCAUCGACGUGUUCACACGGGAGAGAAGCCGUACAGCUGUGAACAAUGUGGAAUAACUUUUUCUCAGAGUAGUAGCCUUAAAUCUCACCAGUACAUUCACGCUGCCUCGUUGUGAACAUGUUUCAGAGCCUCCUCCUCAUGCCCUGAUAGCUGUGUUGUUAUAUUCUGAUCUUCUCUCCACAUUGAAGGCUGACCAGCAGUAACUUUAUUUUCAGAGCUUUGCUAUGACUACAUACUGGCCUGCCCCUACCUCCCCAAAAUCCUGCUGUCGUCACAC